GCCGCGAUGUAGCCCUUUGGGGGCACCUCCACUAAGUGAUAUUAGGGGAUGCUAGAAUUGGGAAUAUGCCCAUACCAUCGUAGUAGGUCCCUGCUUUUUUUUUGCCCCAGGUUUUCGUGAUAAUUUUGCUGCCUGGUGCAACAAGCUUCGUAUCCCACCACCCCCCAAUAAAGAAAACGCCAUUUCUCAUGGCCCAGAGAACCACACCCUUUGCACCAACAUCCCGGGAAGCGCGACUGAGAAAUCGCCCAACGGGCUAAGCUGCUGCCGAGAAAGCGGGCAUGUCACCCAGCCCCUUGCCCUGUGGGCGGCGUGCGGGCCGAUGAACAAUACUUGCAUGGCGCUUUUUUUUGCCGCUGUGGUAUCAUGGCCGCCUAAAGAUGGAACAAGGGAAUCUGUUUUUGUGGCAACUGGGGUAAACAGCUAUACGAGCCUACCAAUCCCAUCCUUUGGACUCACAUCUUGGCUUCACAGCUGCCCGUCUUUUCUCCUCGGCUCGAGUCGGGUAGUGCUUUUUAUGCAAAUCACCACUUAAAGCAGAGGAUAAAAAAAAAACAGUUAUAUCCACCAACAUGCUCAGCGUCACCAGAGACAGCUCACCAGGAGACUCGGAUUCGGCAUGCUCUGCCACGAAUCAGAAACCCGAUCGCCAGCGUCGCACCCGAGCCUCCAAGCCCAAGGUACGCACCGGCUGCAUAACUUGAAUCAGACGUGUAAAAUGCGACGAGGGCAAACCAGCCUGUGCACGAUGCACAUCGACCGGCCGGCACUGCGACGGCUACGACUCGACAGCAUCCCCGAGCCGGGGGCUGACCAGCCCGGCGCGGGCCGAAGAAGCCCAGCGGGGCGCCGAGCAGGCUCGCCGCCAGUUCCUGCGCGAGUAUUCUGGCAACGCCGCGCUUCAGGGCCUGCGGCCCAUCGUCGCCGACAUCGAGGGCUCCGAAAUGGAGCGCCGCUUCUUCCACCACUUCAGGUCCGCGGCCGCCGGCGGCUUCCAGGCCAGCAGCGCCUCGACGGCCGCGGGCCCCUUUUGGACCCGCGUGGCGCCCGAGAUGGCCCGCCGCGACGGUGCCGUCAAGCACGCCCUGAUCGCGCUCGGCGCGGCCUAUCGACUGUUUCAGCAGUCCUCGGUCGACGAGUAUUCGCUCUCGGCAGAGGGCGGCACGGGGGCGGCACCGAGUAUUGCUAUAGAGUCCCCGCCGAGGGAUAACAAGAUAGGGACGGAGAGUCCGGAAGAGUUGGAACUGUUCACGAUCCAGCAGUACAACCACAGCAUCGCCCUCCUCCAGACGCACUCGUCCUCCACCAGCCUUGACAGCAUCCGCGUUACCCUCGUCUGCUGCCUUGCCUUUAUCUUCCUCGAGAUGCUUCGCUCCAAGGAGACGGCAGCGCUCACCCACCUGACCAACGGCCUGCGCAUUCUUGAGUCCGUACCGCGCGAGGCCUUUGACUCCGUCACGGCGACCAGCCACACCACGGGUUCCGACCCACACAUGGACGACAUCAUCCGCAUGUUCUGCCGCCUAGAAUGCAGCGCCACCCUCUUCGCCGCCAAUAUCCGCCCAUCCAUCGCCCUGCGGUCCUACCACCAGACCCUGAGCAGCAGCAGCAGCAGUAGCGGUGGGGGCGGCGGCGACAACCAGACAGCAAGCUGGCUCCCACCUGCGAGAUCAAUCACCGAUGUACACGAACGUUGCAACAGGCACGCCUGCAACGUGAUUGCACGCAUCUACGAGACGCGAGAGCACUACGCCGACGCCACCUUUUGGUCCGAUCCGCACCAACGCCGACAGCAAGAGAUACUCUGCGCACGAUCUCGGUCCAUCCGCGAGGUCGUCCGGGCAUUUGCCGCUUCCGAGGCCGCCAUGGGCCUCGAGGCCACCGACGAAUACUCGCUCGACCUCGACCUCCUCCACCUGCUCUGCAUGGACAUGUUUGCGCAAGCCAUGACGGGGCUGCCGUGCGACGACCAAGACUCCAGUAACGACCUCUCCGAAUACGCCAACAUCGACCCGAGCCUGAGGUCGCACCCUCGACACCGGUACGGUCCCGCCGGGGGGUCCGGCAACGUCGCCUCUCACAGAAGCACUGCGGGAUCGGGCAGUCGGUCGCAGGCAACUCUGAAGGAGAUCCUAGGCGUCGCGAGCCGGCUCAUGGAGACGGCGGCCUCGAUCCGCCGGGGCCGGCAACGACAGGACCGCGAUCAGGGUGUGGCCGGCUUCACCCACGAAGCCGGGGUGCUGCCGCCGCUGUACCUCGUGGCGACCAUCGCCGAGGACUCUGCGGUCCGCCAGGCGGCGCUCGACCUGCUCAAGGGGGCCAAGGUCCGUGAGGGGUUCUGGGACGGACCAUCUCUGUACCGUCUCGUGCUCUGCGUCGGCGACAAGGUGGCCCAGGGCCGUUGGCCUUUCCACGUGGUGCCUAGUUCCCUUACGGGUUUGGGUGCCAUUCCAGACAUGUGGCGGUUGUUGGAAAGGAUGGAUUUGGACGAGGAUGUGCGAUGA